UUUCCUGAGAUUCGGCUCGUUAUCCAGCCACAGGGGGGCGAUAGAGGGCCGCAGGCUGGCCGGGCGCGCGGCGGAACAGCCUCUUCCUGUCGGAAAAAAGUUGGAGGGAUUAUUAAAAUGGCUGAUCGCGAGCUGUCCCUCUGAUUUCAUGUAGUAUUUCCUACACCAGGUAAAACGCACGGCGAAACGCAAUCAAAUAUGUAAAUUUAAAGUCUUGCAACGAGAUUAAUUCGGUUAUAUGAAGUAGACCGCGUUGAAUUAUAUAUAUAUUUUUGCAGAUCGCAUUUUCAGGGGGUCCUGUUCUACUUUAAUCCAAAAAUUAGGUGUUUUUAAAACCACUUUAGCACAUAGCUUGGCUUUUAUGGCAGCAGGAAGUGUUUAUGGAAUUGGCUGGUGUUCAGACAUAUUGGGUGUUAUUGGUGCGCGUCGCUGUUGAAGAUGCAGAGACCUCUGUCCAGUUUUGCGUUCGCCCCAGCUGUCAAAGUGAAGCUCAUCAAUGCCGGAUUUCACACAGCGGCAGAUCUGUGCGAUCUGCGACCGCUGCAACUCAGCAAAGAAUCAGGGAUCUCCCAGCAGGAGGCGGUAGAAGUGCUGCAGACUGUGCGGCAUGACGCCAGCCAGGGAGCCGGUGCAGGCAGCCGGAUGACGGCCCUGGAGCUGCUGGGGAGGGAGCAGGCGAUGGGUGCCAUCGUCACCUUCUGCUCAGCACUAGACUCCGUCCUUGGUGGUGGGAUGCCCGUGGGCAAGACCAGUGAAGUGUGUGGAGCACCUGGCGUGGGCAAAACGCAGCUCUGCAUCCAGCUGGCGGUGGAUGUCCAGAUCCCUGUGUGCUUCGGAGGUCUGGGGGGCCAGGCGGUGUACGUGGACACGGAGGGGAGCUUCAUGGUGCAGCGGGUGGUGGAUGUGGCCAAAGCGGCCGUGGAGCACUGCUCCCUGUUAGCGGACGACGCCGAGCAGCGAGAGGCCUUGAAGGUGUUCACUGUAGAAGACAUUCUCUCCAAGCUGUACCUCUUCCGUUGUCAUGACUACGUGGAGCUAUUGGCUGAGACCUACCUCCUGCCUGACUUUUUAUCUCAGCACCCCGAGGUCCGUCUGGUGGUGAUUGACAGCAUUGCCUUCCCAUUCCGCCAUGACUUUGAGGACCUCUCCCAAAGAACGCGGCUAUUGAACGGCCUUGCCCAACAGCUCGCCCAGAUGGCCAACCAGUACAACGUCGCGGUCGUACUGACCAAUCAGAUGACAACGAAGGUUGGAAAUGGCCAAUCCAAGCUGGUGCCGGCCUUAGGUGAAAGCUGGGGCCAUGCUGCGACUCAGAGGCUUAUUUUGCACUGGGAGGGGGAACAGAGACUGGCGUCUCUCUAUAAGUCUCCAAGCCAGAGGGAGGCCACGGUUCUGUACCAGAUCACUGGCGCUGGCUUCAGGGACGUGCUCUCUUCUGACCAUGCUUCGGCUGACUCAUCUGCGAUUCCGUCAGGGAACGCUCCUAAGCGCCUCCGCACCCAAGCAGACGACCACCAGACUUGAAGACAUCUGGCUCAAAAACAACAUUCAGCUGUUCUAAAACUGUUUGAUGAUUCUGAUGACACUCUGACAGUAAGAAAGGGUCUGGAUGUGAUGUACUGCAUUGUUUACAUGAAGGCAGCAUCACCCACAGCUGCAGUAUGCUGCUUUAAUUUUCAUUUUUACUUGGCGAAACAAAAAAAUGGGGUUGACCGUGAAAGUUCGAAGCUCUCGUGACGGACUUGUUUUAUAUUGUUUGGAAGGCAGCUUGCCAUUUUGACAGGGGACAGUGCUCUGUGCAAAACGUCCACCAAGUAUUUAGAGAAUGGCUUUGAGUUUGCAGCGUAAUAUUAUUGUCUCUGUACUUUGACAGUGGUAGAUCAUUAAAAUCUCUUUUGGAAGCAACAAGAGACAUCUGGACCCUAACAAGCAACAAUCCCCAGGUUAUUAAAAGGCAGUGUUAGGGCCGUUCCGGAAUGCAUUCAUUAAAUACAAUCCAAAUCAGGAAAUGGAACUGGAGUUGGAAUCGGAAAACAAACUAUGGGGAACAGAAUUGGAAUUAAAUUAGAAUUUCAACUCCAGUUCCAUUUCCUGAUUUGGAUUGGAAUCGAUGAAUUCAUUUAGGAAUGGCCCCAACCCUGUUAGAAGACCCUACAAACUAUUGCAGGAAUACGAAACAGACUCAAUCACUUUAUUGCUCUUACAACAGCUUGAUAAAGCAUCAAGCUUGAAGCGGCUUCCCUAUCCAGGAUCAGAGCUGGUUCGCAAGCUGUGUUAGUCCUUGACAGAGUGAGCUGGCCAUCCUUGGGACAAUUUAGAUGCAAGUCAAUCGCUGCAGAGUCAAGGAUAUUUCAUAUAGCUUUCAAUGUGGUCCCCAGCGCAGGAGACCUUGUUGAUACAUCUCUCUAAUUAAAUUCCACACGUAAAAGCUGGCUUUAGCUGCUGCAGUGGACAAGCAAGUGAAAUACGAGCACUUGGCCUAAUAUUUUCUGGCAUGGCGGGGAGGGCUGAGAGAUGGGGUGGAUGACUUCCUCAUCAAUACCCUUCAUCUCUGAAGACUAGCUUGUUUGUGUAGCGAUGGGUAUUGGAAAAUGUGUCACUAUUUAGUGGGCAGAUCUGGGAAGGUAGCAGAUGUGACUCCAAGAUUAGCAAUCUCACAUUUUCAGGGUUGCAGGUUUCAUGUUCUUCAUGUAUUUGACUGGGUUUCAUCUCAUAGUCCAAAAAUGUUGUUCAGGUAAA